AGGAAAUCGGGCAGAGCCCGGGGGAAAUCCACGACCAUUCGCAGAUUGCUGCAGGACCUUCCCAGGACAUAAGUGUUUUUGGCUGAAAAAUGCGUUACGGUUUGGCCAAGAGUAAUAAUUACCCUAACAAAUGGGGUUUGUGUCUGUUACAUUCCAUGACACCUGAUGGGGCACCAUAUUAAAUCAUACUACAUUGAUGCCUUUUCAAAUGUUUCGUGGUAUUUGCACAAUGUACAAGCCAUUUUUAAAACCUUCAGUAAUCUCUAAGGAAUGGAUACACAUCAAAACAGGUUAGAUUACCACCUAAAGGAUUUAGGAAACGUUUCGUUAUUAUUUCUUAAUGUACGUAGUAUAUGACGCGGCAUUGUAGAUAAAUCUACAGAAAGUUAUACAGCUCUCUUCUUGGGACCUAAAAAUGACAACAGUUUUCGUAACGACCCAGCGGUCUGCCUGCUGUUUUGUCGUCAACGGUGAUAUCUGUCAAAACAACUUCGUUCAUUUCCGAAUAUUUCCGAUCACUGGGGCCGAAUAGAAAGGUUAUUAUAACACAUGUAAUAGGCCACUAAAAUUAUUUUUCUCUCAUUUUUGGCAUACCUGACUUCAUGUGCCUUAAAAACUAUACAUUUACCCUGAUAUAGCACCACUCCAUGCAUCCUAAGUAGGCCUAGGUGUCAUCUGCUGGACGAAAUAUUACCCUGUUUCAGGAUCGCAACUUAGGGAGACAUGCUACAACACGGGAGAGUGCCCUGCCCGUUCAGUGUGCAAGGCCCACUCGUGUGAAAUGUUCAUAUGUCAGUGUGAAGUCGGCUACUUUCAGUUCAAUUCACACACCAGUGUGUGCAGCAAAGUUUCAUUGGUAGGUGAAAAGUGCUCAGCCAAUGAAACCUGUCUGCCAAUCAACACAGUGUGUAAUUCCACAUCCGGUGUCUGCGAAUGCAAAACUGGCUUUACCCCGAGCGGAGACGGAUUUAAAUGUAAAGACGACUCGAUCGGCAAACAACCGGACCUUAGUGACAGCUGCACUUCUGGUCUUCAGUGUGACUUCUUCUCGGUGUGUCGAAAUGGCACGUGUCAAUGUAGAAGCGGAUUUACCAUGUGGACGCUGGAAGAAAAAUGGUUGCUCUACCCACGCCCAAACUUUUUGUCUUGCAAGACCCCGGAUCUGGCACUGGAUAUGUGUAAUGGUGUUAAAGUAUCCAGCCCCCAGACGCCUCAUCAUCAAACUCCGACAGAGCUUCACCCAACCACGAUGCCAACCGAUUUCAACGUGACGGAAUCCCCAAAUGCGACAAAACCGGGUACAGUGGAAACGCAGGCGCCCUCCGCAGUACCUGUUUUUAUUCCAAAAACACCUACAUUCCACGCUCAGCCUUGACUCUUUGAAAAGUGUCCAUUCCUGUCUAACGUGACCUUGAAAUGACGUUGUGAUUUUAGACACGCAGAGAGUUCCACGCACAAAUUAUUAACUGCAGUUUUCUGUGAAUAAUUUCCUUACUGUGCGUUUUACAAACGCGUAUAUGAACAAGAUGGGAAAUGUGUAUGUACUAGAGCAGAUGUACCAAGAAGAUAACUUGUUGUGUGGGAAUAUUUAAAGGGAGGAGUUACGUCCCUUUCCUGCUUGAAAAUGUAAAAAUGAUCGUCUUUUAUCAACAGAACAAGAAAUCCACCCUUUGCCUGUCCGUCAUUAUGGUGGAAGUGAUUGAAUUGUCAUACAUAGCAUUGCCUCAGUGAAACAGUACUAUCAAAAAAAAGACAAAAAUUUCUGACACGACGUAAACAUGCAGACAGACUGUUUAUUAUUCAGUCGAUUAAUUCAUCAUUUCUGUAAAUCAGCAAAAAUAAUCUUUCAAACACUCAAA